CCCCGGCCGGCGGCGGGGCGUGCCCGGCGGUGGCCAUAUUGGAGCCAUUCCGCCGCAGCCACCCGCGGCGGGCACAGCCGCCGCAGCCCCGGCCAUGGCCGCCACCGAGCUGGAGCGCUUCUCGAAUGAAGAGAAGAGGAACCUUUCCCUGGGGGGCCAUGUCGGCUUCGACAGUCUCCCGGAUCAGCUGGUCAGCAAGUCCGUCACACAGGGCUUCAGCUUCAACAUCCUCUGCGUGGGUGAGACGGGCAUUGGCAAGUCCACACUGAUGAAUACUCUUUUCAACACCACGUUCGAGACGGAGGAAGCCAGUCACUACGAGAGCGCGGUUCGCUUGCGGCCGCGGACCUACGACCUGCAGGAGAGCAACGUCCACCUGAAACUAACCAUCGUCGAUGCGGUUGGAUUCGGGGACCAGAUAAAUAAAGACGAAAGUUACAGGCCGAUCGUUGAGUACAUUGAUACGCAGUUUGAAAACUAUCUGCAAGAAGAGCUGAAAAUCCGCCGUUCUCUCUUCAACUACCACGACACGAGGAUUCACGUCUGCCUGUACUUCAUCACUCCCACCGGGCACUCGCUCAAGUCCUUGGACCUGGUGACGAUGAAGAAGCUGGAUAGCAAGGUGAACAUUAUCCCGAUCAUCGCCAAAGCAGACACCAUUUCCAAGAGCGAGUUGCACAAAUUUAAGAUAAAGAUCAUGAGCGAGCUGGUCAGCAACGGUGUGCAGAUCUACCAGUUCCCCACAGAUGACGAAGCAGUUGCCGAGAUCAACUCGGUGAUGAAUGCUCAUCUGCCCUUUGCUGUGGUCGGCAGCACAGAGGAGGUGAAGGUUGGGAACAAGCUGGUGAGAGCUCGGCAGUACCCGUGGGGAGUGGUGCAAGUUGAGAAUGAAAGUCACUGCGACUUCGUGAAGCUGCGAGAAAUGCUGAUUCGAGUCAACAUGGAGGAUCUCCGGGAGCAGACUCACACCCGCCACUACGAGCUGUACAGGAGGUGCAAACUGGAGGAGAUGGGCUUCAAGGACACGGAUCCGGACAGCCAGCCCUUCAGCCUACAAGAAACAUAUGAGACCAAAAGAAAAGAAUUCUUGGGUGAGCUCCAGAAGAAAGAGGAAGAAAUGAGACAAAUGUUUGUUAACAAAGUCAAGGAGACGGAGGCAGAGCUGAAGGAGAAGGAGAGAGAGCUGCACGAGAAGUUUGAGCACUUGAAAAGGAUACACCAGGAGGAGAAAAGGAAGGUGGAGGAGAAGAGGAGGGAGCUGGAAGAAGAGAUGAAUGCCUUCAACAGGCGGAAAGUAGCGGUGGAAACCUUGCAGUCCCAGUCCUUGCAGGCUACCUCACAGCAGCCGCUGAGGAAGGACAAAGACAAGAAAAACUUUUUUAGUCUUCCCAGCGCAUGCUCCAUAACAACAGGAAGACAUGUUAAUUAGAAGAUUUAUUAAGGCCAAAACAUCUCAUGCAGAAGAAAUUAAUUGGUGCUUUCACCUUUAAGCUUGCCAUAUAUUGCACAGAAGAGAUUACAUAGCAAGGACUAAGAUGCACUGUAUCAUUUGAUUGGGAAAAGUUUGCUUGAUCAGGUUUCUUGAUAAAGGCGAAAUCUGAGGUACUUGCCAAAAGAUAAAUUGCUAAUUAAUGCUGAUGCAUGGCUUGCACUGAAACCAAAACACUAAUUUCGGGGUGAGAGCCUGGAUGAGGCACUUAACACUGUGACUAAACUUCCCAAGGGAAGGGGAACGAAGUCGGGUUAGUGUGAGACAAGUUUUCAGCUUGCUGCUUGAGCUGCCACUGUAAUGGGAUUUUCAUUUGUUCCUCUCCUUGGUCUGGUUUUGGGCUGUAACCUGAGAACCUCCUAACGCCCUUAACGCUUCAGCUGGACUCUGGCGUUUCUUAGCAAUAACUCUUCUGUGUAGCUUUUUUUCUGUAGACUUACAGGCUUUACAACCUAAAUCCCCAAGCCUCAAUUUGUUUAGUUUUCUUAGGGCUGUAACCCGCGUGCCUCGCAAUUAACCCCUCUCCCGAAGCUCCCUGCCCCCUGCGCACUCGCCCUUACUUCUUCGGUUACCGGCGCUCCUGCCUGGCCAGCCCGGACUCCUGCAGUUCCUGCUGGGAUGUGCUGGGUAAGAACAGAACCAUUCUAAAGGACAACUAAAUGUAGUUUGUUAAUGGAGGGGAAACGGUUUAAAGCUGGAGUCUCGGCAUUCCAGGCUUUAUGUUCUGCUUUUAUAGCAGACCGACUUCCCCUUGCAUAAAUAACUUGUUUAAAAAAAGGAAGAAAAAAAAAAAAAAGCUUGAUGUUUGUGUCCCAGGCUAACUCCUCAAAGGAACAGGGCAAGGCCCUAGUUUACCUUCAUUUUAAACAAACUUGUAAAUGAAUCUCAGGAAUGACCUGCUUGUACCAAAGUUGGGUUUAAUAAAAAUAGAACUGACAUGUUUAACAAACAUCUGUUAAACGCGUUUUGUACGCUAAUUAUAUUCACUGGAAGAACACAGUGCUUUGUCCAAAUUCACAAUCCUCGCUGCCGUUCCAGCUUCCCUCUGUUAACCCUCUUGUCCCACGUGUGUGUUGGAUGCACCCGUACGCCCAGGCCCUGGGCUGGCUGCUGCCCUAUGCCACGGUUGGAGGUAACGCCUGGGCUCACGUGGUGUGCGGUGGGCGAGGAAGGCCACAAGUUGUAAAUGUUUGAUGAAGGAAACAUUCAUUUAGAACAUCACUGAAUUCUGAAAGGAAAAUCACCAAAGCCUGCUGUUAGGCACACUUGAAAUCUUCAGCUGCUCCCCUGAUCUGCACCACGAAAGUUUUCAUGUUGCUUUUUUUUUUUUUCAUUUUAAUUUUUUCCAAAAAAUUUUUUUUCAAACCCGCAGCAGAGAAAGGCUGUCCCUCCACGCACCGUCCCUGCUGUGUGCGGCUGCUCUGAGGGGCGAGGAAAGGCGCUUGUGCCCAGCACGGGUGGGAAGGAGCCAGCACGGCGCUGUGUCCGCCUUGCCCUGGGAGCUGCUGGGGCCUCUGCAGUCGUAGCGAGGUUGUUCGAGGUUCAUUUUCUCCCUGGUGGUGAUCGUUGCAGGGUGAUGGUAGGUGAGGGGAUGAGGUCCUCCCGUUGCUUGCUGUGUUUCCAAACCACAGAGCCCAGGCAGGCAGCUGGGCUGUGUUUGCACCCCAGGGAGGGGGAGAAAACAGCCCUUCUACCAGGUCAAGGGAAUUCACCUUAAGAGCUCUUUGGAAGUGCUCUGUAAAUGUUCUCUGGAGUUUGACAGGGACUGAGUAUUCCCCAAACAAACCUCACAAAACUGGCCCUCAGCACGUCAGGUGUUCACCAGCCGUUGCUGCGCUGGCUGAAUCCAGCUCGUUCUGCCAGACCCUGGUGUGCGGCAGAAUGAUUGCGGGGCCGAGGGGCGAGCUCAGCUGCAGGUGGCGCAGGCUUGGGGGAGGGAACGACCUGUGUUUGUAGUGUGCAUGCAACACACAAUGCAUGCAGACAGGCACUGAAACAGGAGAUAGUCAUCGUCUGUGAAACUUGGCCGGACAAAAUGCUUGUUCUGUUCUGGCUCUCAGCUGGGGGCGUGCUGCGUUGGUCCUGUUACGGUAACUCGUCCGGAGAGUCAGUGAAAGGCUAUAAACAGCCUCGGACUUGGUUCUCCCAGUGAGAAGGGCAAAUGCUAUCGUUCCGUUAAAAGAACGGUCCUGUUUGCAGCUGCAGCUUGUUCCUGGAGUUUGCAGGCUGUUCCCUAAGGCAGGAAGUUCAGUUCUGAACAGUGACAGCAACGCAAAGGUAAGAGGCACGGGGAGCUGAAAAGCAACGCUUUCGGCCUGCUGGGGCCAGGCCCCGCGAGUUAGUUCCUUUAUCCUAACUCAGCACUGGGAGAAGUGUGGGCAGGACCUGUGCUACCAGAGAGAAGCAGCGUGCUGGGGAGCAGGCAGCCUCCAGCUGCGCUGUUCCCAUUCCAGUUGGUCAUCUUGCACCCCGACUGGGAAUACAGGACUGUGCUGGGCCUCUCAGCACGGACUUCACCUUUCAGAUGUAACUCCCCGUUAACGUGCACGCUUGACUGUGGCUCAGAUUGCACUGCGGGGGUUUUGAAAAGCAGGCCUGUUGGUUUGUAACGUCUUACCCAGCAUACGGGCGAGAAACUACGUAUAUAGGCUCAAAGCUGCGGUGAAAAACAUUCCAUAGGAGCUGCUGUGGUACGGAGGCAUUAAUUACUGCGUGCAGAAUUUUUCUGCUGACAUUUCCAGUGGUUAACGCGGCUGGCGAAGACGCUUGAGAUAUGGUAGGAAAAGGGAUGGGAGGAAAAGCAGAACUAGACACGAGAACUAGACGCGCACCCCAGCUUCCUGCAGGGGCUGCUGUGGGCAUCACCUUUUUGCUGGCCUCUUCGUGGAGCACACUGAGAACGUGCAGACUGAGAUUAUAUUUUAUUAAGUAUACUACAAAAGACAACUUGCCUCCUUCAGAAAGUCGGGCAGUCAAGUCACAGUUUGAUAGAAAAGGAAGGUGCCACACUGGGGGAGGAAAGAGCCCUACCACAAAGAGAAAACCUUCCCUGUGGGACGUAGGUAGGAUUAAUAAAUAACGCAUCGCAAGCACACCACUGCCCAGCUCCCGGCUGCAGGACACCCUGUAAACGUGUCAGCUCUGCAGAGGAGUGCUGAGCCCUGCUCCUGGGGCAUCCCCCGGCGCGGGGCUGGGCUCCCCCCGCAGCACAGCACUCAGCGUGCGGUAGCUUUGACUUGCCUCGUGGGGACACCUUUGCUUUCAGUGCUGGUUCGAAUCCCAUCUGCUCAACGUGUCUCUUGCACCAAGUCUGUGAUAGAUGUUUCCUUCUGGAGCGCUUGGGCACUGCUUUCUUUGCAGUUUCAAAAGAAAAGCUUGACUUUCUCCCUGCACAAAUACGAUUCUUUCCUCAGGACCAGCUCUGGCAAAAUCUAAAUGUAAGACUUUGGAAAGCUGUUAUCAGAGCUGCUCAGGACGUCACUCCUGCAAAGCUCGCAGUUCGGGACUUUCUCUCCUACCAGGUAAGAAGAUGAGCCAAGGAAGGAAGGCCACAAAAUUUCUUCCUGCACUGGUGAGCGCUGCUGCCAAGCAGUGUAAGGAUUUCCUUGCUCCCUUCUUAUCCCUACUCCCUGUUCAUUUAUCCGCUAUCACUGAGACACCUGCUCAGCACGUGGCCUGUGCUGGGCUCCAUGAGAGCCUUUCCUGUUCUGUGACAGACUUGCAGGUACGGUAUUGUUACUCAUACAGUACUGUCUGGGUUAUGACUUCUAACUAGUACAACUAGCACCUGAAAAUGCUGGCCUGUUGUGUAAAACACGUUAAAAAAAACAUGUAUUUUGAAAGAACGUGUAAGGCCAUUUUUAAAAGUGCAAGAGAAGCUUAAACUGACCUUUGUAGAUUGUAAAACUGCUUUGCUAUAGAGAUUAACAGUUAAC